AUGGGUAGUGAAUAGAUUAUUACAAAAUUGUAAAAUUAAGUUGAGGAUUUUCUUUAAGAGAUUUAUUAAAGUAUAGAUGUAAGAUAUUAAAUUGUUAUGCAAUCAUUAGUCUUCAUUCACUAGAAUUGAAGCUUUCCUUGAUUAACUUCCUUUAGCUCCAAAUCCACCUGUUCCUCACUAAAUUGUUAAUAAUGCUCCAAAAAUGUAAUAAAUACAAUUACCUUUGAUUUAAACAAUAGCUAAUUAAGUAAUUCAAGAAGUUGAACCUAUUUUCAAAUUAAUCAUUAAUAAAAAAAUUUAAAAGGAACGAUUAAAGCUAGUUUAGCUUGAAUAAUCAAAUAUAAUAUUAGAUAAUCAUCAUUAAUCCAAUCUUUAACGAUUUAAGUAUCACUUAAUUUAGAAUUAUUCAAUUAAAUAAAAUGAAUGUUGUAGAGCAAUAGCUUUUAAUAAAGAUAAUUCAAUUGUAUUAGCUACUUGUGAGAAAAAAAUUAAAGUAUUCGAAUUUAAAUAAGAAAAGUUGAGACAAACUUAAAUUCUAAAUGAACAUUAAGAUAAUGUUACUACUUUAAAUUUCAUGAAGAAAUCCACUCAAUUUAUAUCUGCAAGUCAUGAUAGAUAAAUUAUAAUAUGGUCUAUGAAUUCUGAUAAUUAAUGGAUUACCUAAUAGAAAUUGAGUGGACAUUCUGAUUGGAUUAGGUGUUUAGUAUUGAACAAUAAUGAAGAUCAUAUCAUAUCAGGAAGUAGAGAUAACACAGUUAAGUUUUGGGUUAAGUAGAAUGAAUGGAUAUGUUCAUAAACUAUUACAGAUCAUACAAAAUCUGUAUGUGGAUUAAGUUUGAAUGAGCAAUAGAAUUAAGUGAUAUCUUGUGGAUGGGAUAAAUUGAUAUUAAUUAUUGAAUAGUCAUCAUAAGAUUAAAAAUGGAAUGUGAUAUAAAAAAUAUCAGUUGAUGUGUUUGGUCGUAGAUUAUGCUUCAUCAAUGAUAAUGUAUUCACAUUUUAACCGAAUUGUAAAGAGUUCAUGGAUGUUUAUGAGAUGAGGAAUAAUAAUAAAUAGUAUGCAAAGACAAAACAUAUUCCUGUGAAAAGUGGUAUUGAUGGAUGUAAUUAUUAUUUUCCUUAAUAAUAUAUAAAGUUGAAAUGUCUGAUAGUUAAUAAGAAUAGUUAGAAUGUGAAUUUGAUAAGGAAGAACCAAAAUGGUGACUUUAUAACACAUCAAUCUAUUGAUUUUGGGAGUUAUGAUCUAUAAGGAUAAAUGAGUGAAGAUGGAGAGUAUUUAAUGACUUGGGAUGAAAAAUCAAAGGAAAUUUAAAUUAGAAAAUAUCAUUAAGAGUGA